CCAGUUACAUGCUCCACCCCAAACGUUAAUUCUGCGUCUCAGAAGCUUACACAAUGACUAUCGACGUUAUCGCUAUUCUGAAGCCCAAAGCUGGCAAGGCAGAUAGGGUGGAAGAGCUCCUCCUCAAGGCCGCCGAAUCUGUAAAGGCCAACGAGCCUGGCACGUUGAAGUACCAUCUGCAGAGGGAGAUCCAGGGCGAUGCGCCAACGUUCGUCAUGCUUGAGACGUACACGGACAAUGAGGCCAUCAAGAUUCAUGGUCAAAGCGACUAUUUCAAAGCCAUGGGCAAAGCGUUCAAGACAGAGGAUCUACUGGCCGAGCCGAUGAAGGUCAUGAUGACAAAGGAGGCGGGUGGAUAUGCUAGCAAACUCUAAGCAUGUUAAUUUCACUUGAGAUAAAUUCAAACACGCAGUAUCUUGAG